AUGAGCUUUGUGCCCCCCACCAUGGAGACAACCUCCUCCUUCAACCCUGCGGCCUUCCAGUCCCUGCUCAUCCCCCUGGAGAACAAACCCCUGGAGAUGGCCGUGCUCAAGAAGGUCAAAGAGCUGCUGGCAGAGGUGGACGUGAAGACGCUGGCCAAACACAUCACCAAAGUGGACUGUCUGAUUAGCUCUCACCUUUCUUUCCAGGUGGCCCGGAUAUUGGGUGUGACGGUCGAGAUGCAGCGGCUCAUGGGGGUGAGCUCGGGCCUGGAGCUGCUCACCCUGCCUCACGCCCGGCUGGAGCAGACCGGGAUGGUGCUGCGGCAGCGGCACACGGAGGGUGCAAUCCUGUACGAGAAGAAGCUUAAACCAUUCCUGAAAAGCCUGAACGAAGGGAAAGAAGGGCCGCCGCUGACUAACACCACCUUUCCCCACAUCAUACCCCUUGUGACUCUCCUGGAGCGGGAUGAGGCUCUCACGGACAGCCCUGAGCCCUGGGAGAGCAGCGACAACGGCGUGGAGGGGGUCAUGGCCCACCUGGAGGCGGCAUUCUUCGCCCUUGAGUUCCAGCGGCGGCUGCUCUGGGGCAGCCGCGGGGCUGAGAGCAGCCAGGCCGAGCGCUAUGAGAAGUUUGACAAAGUCCUCACCGCCCUGUCCCACAAGCUGGAGCCAGCGGUGCGCUUCAGUGAGCUGUAA